UAGCUCAGAAGAUGCCAAAUAUUGUACAUGCAAGUAUGGCUAUGCCUGCAACACCAGUAUUUGACUAUGAUGAAGAAGAUUUUCUGUUUGAUCAAGAGUCCAGAAAUGUGAAUGAGGCAACCUCUCCUUUUGAUGAUGUACUCUUGGCAAAGUGGACAUAUGCCAUGGAUCAUGGGCUAUUUCAUUUCUCUAUUGCAGCUGAAAUGCCUAUUAAAUGCCUUCCAGGAAAAUAUAGCUUAUAUUUGCAGCUAAAUCCACAGCGGCACGCUACGCGGCGGCCGCCGCCUACCUUCUCCAGCACGCGCGAGCCGGCCGACCCCGCCCGGUUCCACUUCGGCCGGGUGCCGGCCGGCGAGCACCUGCUGCGUCUGGGCGGCGGCGUGGACGCGGCCGAUGACGACCGCCUGCUCAUCAACAUUAGUCCGGUGGGCCGGGGCCACGUGCUGCUGGUGCCGCAGAUGGCACGCCUGCUGCCGCAGCAGCUGGAGCAGCGCGGUCUGCAGCGGCUGCUCGACCUGCUCCUGCUCAGCCGCAGCACCGGUCUUCGAGGGCUCUUCAACAGCAUCGGAGCGCGGGCGUCUGUGAACCACUACCACUUCCAGCUGUACUACUUCGACCACCCGCUGUACAUCGAGACGGCACCGGUGGAGCGGCUCGACGACGGCCUGUACCAGCUGACCGCCUUCCCUGCGCCCGCCUUCGUGUUCGAGGUCACGCGCGCCACGUACGCCGACGUCGCCAGUCGCGUGGUGGCGCUGGCGGAGCUGAUCCUGGACGAGGGGCUUGCCUUUAACCUGGUGGCGUGCCGUGGCGGUCGCUGCUCGGACUCGCCGGCGCGACCCGAGCUGUACCAGGCCGUGCGCGUGUUCGUCUGGCCCCGGCAGCCGGAGUUAUUGCAAGAACCGACGGACGACUACCAGGUGGCCUCGUGCGAGUUCGCCGGACACAUCACCGUUGCAUCGGCCGAGUCCCUGAACUCGCUGACCGAAGCCGGCGUGGCCGAGAGUCUCCGGACCGUGGCCGAGCCCGCCUUCCGCCAGCUCCGGGACAUCGUGCUGAGCCGGCUCGGCGGGCCAGCCAGCUGACCUGCUGACCUCCGCCGGCGACCGGACGACCCCCGGCUGAACUCUGCGGCUGACCUCCGCCGGGGCUCAUCAUCAGACGGCCUCUGUCGUUGACCUCUGACCGGGCUAGCUGAUGAUUAGCCAGUAUCUGGACUUUUGUUUCAAAAUUUAAAAGGACUGCCCCUCGUCCUCCAGCCUUGAGAAGAUGGUCAAUUCCAGGGAAAAGCAGUGUUAUUGCUUUGGAGUUUGAUUUAACGAUUUUUGCUUCUCAGCCCUACACCUACGCCAAGCUUAUUCGUGAAACUGCACACCCCCCUGGGACCUCAAAAUGCAGCUGCUGUGUGGUAUAGGGGGGGGGGGGGGGUGGACCGCAGCAGCGGCGUAGGUGAUUUCCGCCUUAUGAAGAAGAUCCUGCCCCGCGCAGUUACCGGUUGCUGCUCUACUCAUCGGCAACAGUCUGAUUACAGCACUUUCCUCAGUGCAUGCAGCUGAGCUGGACUUACCUAUAGCCUCAGUUUACGGGCUUCACCCGCCCUGCUGUCGCGGCCCACGCGCAACUGAGAAACGGAGAGAGGCUUGCAAUGGCACGGAAAUGGCGUGCUUCGAAUGUGUGAAAAAGUGCACAUAGAGGAGCAGUCGGCAACGACUUAGGCGGUGUCUGGUACGAUUUUAUCUGUUUCCGUGCUCCUUUUUUACACGUUCCUUUUGUUUUACUUGAAAUUUUUGAUAAGCGAAACCUAGUACAAGUAAACAACAUUAAAAAAACACAAUUAUUUCAGUUUCCCACCGACAUGUGCGCCCAACUGAGAACAAAAAAAAAAACUUUCGGAACUUUUCGCCCAUAGAAUAACUCAUUAGCGCCGCUGCGUAGAUGGACCGAAAAAAAUUGGAACCUUUAUUCAAGGUCGCUUGUGCGUUUCCGUCCUGUGUUCAGACCGCUUUUCUUGGUGGAAAAUGUGUAUGUGUUUUUUCAACUGCGAAUUCCUGCUUGAGAACCAGAAAUUCCGUCUGCUUGAUUAUGCACGGCCGUGCGAGUCUCUAAGGUGGACAUCCCUUUUAUAUAAACCAUGCAUUUUAUUCGAUGAAACAGCAGCAUUCAAACACGCAUAUUAAGUGAAUGAAUCGUGACAGUUAUCUUCUUCCUCAUUCGUUUUGGUUGGAGCAGGUGCCAACUACUCAGUAUUUUAUGUGUUUUAGUGUGACGUCACUCAUUUCCAUAGCAACUAAGGCAUGCCCUCAAAAAGUGCCGGCAGUGCGCGUACGGGAUAUUCCCUGUUCUCCCUGGCUGUACGCUCCGUCAGAAGAGGCGCCUGUUGUUUGGAGUGCGGCUCGCUGAGUGCUGCGUGUGAGGGUGUGCAGGGUUGUAGGAAGGGGGUUAAGACGUGUGUUGGGGAGCAGCAUCAGGUCCGAGUACGGAGCGUAUUGAAAGGAGUCCUUGUGUGAGGAUGACGAUAGGUUCCUGUUGAAGCCCGUCUGCAGCAUCCCCCCUUCAGUCGUGGCUGGUGUGCCACGCAGCGCUGUUGGAGGCUCUGGACGUGCCCAUUUUUUUUUUAUCGCGCUGCUCACUGGGAUCAGUUUUUGUAUUUGUUUUCAUUUUAUAUUUGUGGAGACUUAACUGUAUUCGGGCCAAAAACAUCAAGAAAAUACUAAGUUUCAGGCGCUCGUCAGCAGUUUUUUGCUCCGGCCUGUAUGACCCAUAAAUGACCUUUGAUUUGGACGAGAUAGCUCCAUCGGACCUGCGCCCCAGACCAGCCGACUGUGAACUGACCUUUACUCCAGGUCAGAUGACCUCCAACUGGCCUCGGACUUAGAUAGGAUGACCGCCAGCCGAUCUCCCACUCGGACCGGAUGACCUCAAACUGACAUCUGCCUGCGGCCGGCUGGCCAGGGUGCGAGCCUCUCUCCGUGGGGGCUGGGUCCCCACUGCUGUUGAUGUCGACUGCAGAUUUCGCUGGUGUCCGUCCGUUGGCGGCCGCUGCUCCGUGGGGGGGGGGGGGGG